AUGUCCAAGAAGGAUGUGGCGUGUUUCUGGAUCGUACUGCUCCUGUGCCAAGAGCUACGGACCGACCCGAUCGCAGAGAUGGGACCAUCCUCCGGCAUCCUGAUUCAAGAGACACCAGGGUUCAUCUUAACAGAGAAGAGGAUCCUGACCAGACGUGUGUUCGUCAGCUUGGACCCCAAGAUUUCCAUCGAGAAGGCAUACAACAUUUCAUCGAUGCAGCUUCCUGAGUUACAGACUUGGUACCAGAUGCACCUCCAAAGAGCACAGGACCGUGUGCGAAACAUCUUGGAGCAAGCCCGGAAACCAUUUGUAUCCAGUUCUAUUCCGAUGAGCAACCGACCCAAAAGGUUCCUCACCGCUAUAAUUGUUGCAUUAGUUUGUGCCACUGUCGGUGCAGUUGUCGCAACUGGAAUGUCUGCAGCCAACUCUAUUACUGUCCAAAAGCUGGAUAUGGAAAUCUAUGCGCUAAAGCAACACAUUAACGAUAUUCAUCAGGUGAUACAACAGCAAAGAACACUUCUCCAAGACGUGUUAACUAUUGUGGAAGACACAGUUGUUACAACAAAUUUGCAUUCGGAGUUAAUUGCCAAAUCCACUGAGUUGCACCAAAGUCAUGACUUAUUUAAGCGUGAACUUCUAUUUCUGCAUGACCCAAUAUUGUUCCACACACUUGCUUUUCUUGACGAAGUGCAAACUGGAAUGAUCGAAUUGGCAGGGGGACGCAUACCUCUGUACUUUGUAUCCAAGGAUAUUGUUCAUGCGAUGCUUGCCAAUGUGGAUGGAGAGACAAUUGAGCCUAUGCAAUUAAAUCUGGCCUUUGAGAUGGGGAGCGCUAUACCUCUCUUAAUUGAUCCGGAACGUAUGGAGAUUUGCUUUUUAUUGGCCAUACCAUAUGUAACUCUCAAAAACAUUUUUCAAAUGAAAAUAAUGUACUAUGUUAAUAAUGAUAUUAUGGUUGAUUGUACUAAGUGUAAAGUUCAAAACUCUUACAGGUACAAAUAUAUAAAAAAAUGUUCAUUCCACGCACAGGCCUAUGUUAGAAAUGAUGUGAUUGCACAAUAUGUCUGAUAACUUCUAUAGUGCUUAUUCAUAAGCUAAAUUAAUUUUGGCUAUGAAAUGCACUAAAGGGGGGUUAUGUCAGAGUAUUUAUAUCGGCAGACAUUUUGUGCUAUGAUAGAAACUAAAAGUGUAUAUUCUGAGUCACUCUGAACAAACCAGACUCCAUUUUGUUAUUUCAAAUUAACAAAGAAGACACUAGAUUUCUUUCUGUAAGACUGGCCUCUUUGCCAGAGCUAAGGAAUGCAUAGCAUAGUAUAAACAAGUGAUAAGAAGAAUAUAAUCAAAUCUAAACCCAGACAAUUGUGACAGAGAAGAUUAAAUUUAAUAUUUAACUGUCUAUAUAUAUAUAAGGUACCAUUGUAUGGAAAAGGGUAAACUUAGUUCAUGAUCUGUCAUAUCAGAAAUUAUAGCAGAUUUGCAGACACAUAGUCUGGACAAAAUUUAAGAACCCCUUUGAUCUUUGAAGGAUAUGUAAGUUAUAGCCACUAUCUAGAUAGGCCAAAAUGACGUCAAAAUAGCCACCAGGAAAAGUUAACUCUUUCCUGGAUAGGUAUGUUUAGUGGGACAAGACUGCCCUCUACAGACCAAAUAACUAAUUUGCGAUCUGGAAGAUAACCACACCUCUAGUGCUUCUAUUGGGUUAUCAACUGAUGACGUACAGAGAGUCUGGCCCUUUAAAGUUAAGACAAAGGGAAGAUACAAGAGACGAGAGGAGGCAGAUGCAAGAUAUGCAAAGGAGAGGAGAGAGGAAUUGGAAGUUUGGGGACUCCAACUCGGACAACAUCUGAGACUAACACUCUACUCCUAAAACUCUAACACUUAGAAUUUACUGACUUUCUAACCAACACCUCCAUGCAGAGAGACUACCAAUCGGAUGAAAUAUCUACUCAACUGGUAAUUAUACUGGUUUCAUUUAAUUAAAUUAAAUUAAUUAAAAUGUAUUAAUAGCAUUAUAUAUGACUGGAUAAAGCACGGUCAGAUUUCCAUAUUAAGAAAUCUUAGUAACUAAGAAUAUAUAGUUAUAAAUAUUCCAUUCUGCAGGUGGAAUUAAGAAUAAUUAUAUAUUGAUGUGAUAUUAUCACGUGUUAGCAUACCGCUGUUUUAUCCAGGUGUAUUGAUUUGCUCUAAAUUAAGAUAGAUAUCUUUUAGACAAAUUAAAAAUCUGCUUAUAUAAUAUAUUAGACUCUCUUAUUGGAUGGUUUAAGAAAAUGACUAGUGAACUGGUUUAAAUGUUAUUUUAUUUAAAAAUUACAUAAGAAUAGAUCUUAACUACCUAGGAGAUCUAGCCAGCAUUGAAAGGGUUAUUCUAACUGUCUGCUAAACUUUACGGCCUUACGCUGCACUCUGAGGAAUUCUGUUCUUCGCUGUGAAAAGUUUCACUUUCAGUCUGUGGAAGCUAGUCAUAAAUCGUCAGAAUUCUUGACAGAAAAUGCUAGUUAGCCAUUGAAACGUAAUACCCAUUCCUUUGUAUUGCAUAUAAUUUUGUACUGGAUAUUCAUUGAUUAUUGUUAUGCAUGUUACAUAAUAUUAUUUGUUAAUUAUUGGUUAUCAUAAAUAAAAUCUAUUUUUAUACAUUGUGAUUAUUUAUAUGAAAUACUUUUCACUUAACACGAUAAACAUUCUUUGGGAUCUGAGAAUUGAAUUAGUGGGCAAUUCUCACUGUUACUAUUAUUAUCCCAUAAAUAUCCCCACAGUAUCAGAACCAGGACAGUUUAAACAAAGUUAUUGCAUAUGCUAGCAAGACUUUGUCGCCUGUUGAAGUUAAAUUCAACACGUGUGAGAAGGCGUUAUUGUCGACUGUCUGGGCACUACAAAAUUUUCGUAGCUAUAUCCAAGGUGAGAAAAUAAUUGUAGAAACAGCUCACCAACCUCUACAGUAUCUGCAGAGUGAAAGAAUUAGAGACGGUAAUCUCUCUAACAGUCGGAUUACUGCAUGGACUCUAUCCUUACAGGGAUGGCCAUUAGAAGUCCGUUAUAAACAUAAUAAGAGAAGCCCAGUUGCCCAAGGUUUAGCAGAAUUACAUGACUGUACUGCUCUAUCUCUGGAUGAUAAUGACACCGGAGAUGACUUCCUAGAAGAGCAAUUGCUAUCCCCUUAUAAAGUUUAUGACGAGGAAUACUGUCGACCACUACCGUGGGUAUACAUUGAUGGUUGUUCAUAUCACCACGCCGCUGGUGCUGAACGGAAGUUAGUUGCAGGUAUCGGAAUCGCCUGGACAGGUGAUUAUCCUAAUGUAUCUAUAGGAUACAAUAUUGGUUCCAAAAGCAGUCAGAUAGCCGAACUCUGUGCAGUAUAUAAGACCAUUCAAAUGGCAAUAGAAUAUGGUAUCAAAGAAUUCGUUAUCAUAACUGAUUCCAACUAUGUUCGCAACAGUUUUGUCGAAUAUCUGCCUAGCUGGAAACAUAACCAAAUGCUGAAAAGCAAUAACAAACCUCUUAAACAUGGGAAAUUGUUUUGUAAAAUCGAUGAGUUGGUUAAGGAAAAUGGUUUAACCAUAUAUUGGAAGAAAACCAAAGGAUGGUAAUGACUUAGCCGAUUCACUGGCAAAACAAGCUACCUUCAAUGAUGAUCUUAUGGGUUCAAUUCAUGUUGAAGCCAUAACUAGAUGACAGGCUAGAGAUAAUGCCGACUUAAACGUCGUGCAAUGGAGUCAAGAAGCUCCUAGUGAGGACCUGAUUACCAGUCAAAAGAACGAUUCCGUCAUAGGCAUAUUCUAUAGACAUAAAGAAGACCCUACUGCCAAUCCCAUCACAGAUGAGGAUUGCAAAGAUAAUGAAGAUUUACGAAUCUUGAUGAGCUAUAAAGUCCAAUUUAGUAUCAUGGAUGGGUUGCUGGUCAGAACUUCUAAACAUGGUAUACAACAAUGGGUAGUCCCAACUGUAUAUAGAGGGUUAAUGCUCCAACACGCACAUGAUACACCUACAUCUGGGCAUCGUGGUGAUAAGAUCACAUAUGAAAUAUUGCGUGAUUAUGCAUAUUGGCCACACAUGUUAAGAGAUGUUAAGACAUACUGUCAGGGAUGCUCGAUUUGUCCGCAAUAUCAACCCCAUGGUCCAACCCAUUGUGCACCACUUCAGAAGAGGGGGGUGUCAUUACCCUGUAACAAGAUCUUCAAGAGGUAACAAAUACAUGUUAACCGUUACAUGUAUGUACACAAAGUGGAUAGAGUGUUUGCCUUGUAAAGAGAACACGAGUACCGUGUGCGCCACUUUGUUGAUUAACCAUGUCUUUUCCAGGUUCGGUCUGCCUCAAAGAAUUGAGUCAGACAGAGGUAGUCAUUUUACCAGCGAAGUAAUGGCUAAGAUGUGGAACAUUCUAGGUGUUAAACAAAAGCUACAUAUUGCAUACCGCGCUGCGUCUAGAGCGAUAUAACCAGUCUAUCGUUAAUAUUCUGAAAAAAUAUGUUAAGGAGUCUGGUAAAGACUGGGACAUUAAAUUGCCCCUAGUUUUAAUGGCGAUUAGAGCUACACCUAGCACUGCUACCAAAUUGUCACCUUUUGAAUUGAUGACAGGAAGAAAGAUGGUUUUACCACAGCAUUUACUAUACCGUACUUCAGAUCAUAAUUUGAUCAAUGCUGCCACUACGCAUCAGUAUAUCGAAGAUUUGCGCAAGCAUUUACAGCAUGCGUUUGCUUUUGCCCAAAAGAAUCUAGAAAAAGCAGCGACAGGGGUUAAGACCUAUUACGAUUUAAAAACCACGAAAAAGGAAUAUGAGAUAACAGAUCAAGUCUAUCUGUAUAACUUUGCGCGAAAUCAAGUCAAGGAAAAUAAAUUUUUACCUUCUUGGAAAGGGCCAUAUGUCAUCAUUGACAAAAUUUCCCCAGUAGCGUAUAAGAUAAAAAUUCCUAAGGAUGGUGAUUUUAUUGAAAAGUGGGUUCACAUUAACCAGUUGCGUGCUUGUCAUCCUAAAUCUCAAUUAAGGAUUAUAGGUGUGGAUUCAGAUGCAGAAGGGUGA